AAACAGAACAGAUUUCUGUGUUUAUUGUGUGACAACGCGCGAAAGCAGCAUAAGUGAAAACAAACACAAGUGAGAAACAAGAUAUUCAAGAUUUCACCACGGUCUGGGCGACAAGUUGCGAACAGAUCGUUUAAGUUGGCGUGACUUGCACCAUCCGUCAGCUGACCAUUGUGAUUGCUGCUUGGUGUGCGCUUUCAGUUUGAAGCCGCUACCCACCAUGCAUGGCACCAAGCCCUCCCAAUGUCUAGAUGCUUAGCUUAGAGCCGGGCUCAAGUUACGAAAAGAGCGAUGGAGUGGCUUAGCUUUGGCUACCGACUUUCUGGUGCAGAAAGUCGACGGCGAGCAGUGCACAAGUGCCUCGUUGUCUUCAGCCAUGACCUCGCGAAAAGAGGAUGGAGUGCAGCUUCAGCCGCUUCCUUCUACAAGGAACUGGCUGGGACUGUGAAGCUAAGCCUGUGAAGCGUGAGGAUGAUGAGGAGUGCCUGGACAACGUGGGUCAUGAUGACAUUGGUGGCUGCGAAGAAGCCAUCAGCCAAAUUCGAGAGAUGAUUGAGUUGCCAUUGCGCCAUCCCACGCGCUUCAUGUCUUUGGGGGCAACGCCCCCGGCCAGUCUGCUGCUCUAUGGGCCGCCAGGCAGUGGCAAGACGUUGAUCGCCAGGGCAAUUGCCAAUGAGACAAGCGCCUCCUUCUUCCUGAUCAACGGUCGAGAGCUCAUGUCGAACACGGCAGGUGAGGCCAAGAGCAAGCUGCGGAAGGUCUUCAAGGAUUCUGAGAAAAAUUCCCCUGCAAUCAUAUUCAUUGAUGACAUCGACUCCAUUACCCUGAAGGACGAGACUUGUGGAGACCGUGCGAAUUCCAUAGUGUUCCAGCCGGGGCGGUUGAUUCGCAACAUGAACAGUCUGGUUCGGGUGAUGGCAGCAACGCACGACCUCGGCACCAUCCAUUCAGCGCUGCUGCCAUUUGACCGAUUGCUGAACAUUGGUGCGCCGGACGACAAUGGAAGGUUGAAGAUUUUGCGCAUCCACUGCAAGAACAUGAAACUGGCCAGGGAUGUCUUUCUCCAAGAGGUGGCAGUGAACACCGACGGCUUCCAUGGUGCGGAUCUGGCACAGCUUUGCAACGAGGCGGGGCAAGAAUGCAGAUUUGAGACGGAGCUGGACCCGUUCAGCUGGAUGGAAGAGAGCAUGGACAUCUCAUUUUUGGAUUCCAUGGCCGUGUCGCAGAAGGACUUCGAGUCGGUCAUUGGCAGAAUGAACGCAGAUGUGAGGAUGGAAAAUGGGCAGCUGAAGAAUGUAAUUCGGCAGUUCAAUCAGAAAAUUGAGCAGUUGAAGAAUGAAAAUGUGCAGCUGAAAAAGCAAGUGGAGGUUGAGCAAGAUCGCCUGAGGCGCUUCGAUCUUCAACCACAACUGGAUGGAGAAACCUGGCAGUAUCAAGCAAGGAGCGGCGAGUGGGCGACUUUUCAAGACAAACAUAGCCUAGAGCUCAUACACAAGUUUCUGGAAGGCCACCAAACAUGCGAGCUGAUGAUAGAUGGUCAAGUCUAUGAGUACGAUUUCAAUAGAAUGGUCCAGACGAACAAGCGCACCAAAAGGGAGCGCCGAAUUCGGUUCUGCUCGAAUCUUCCGGAGCAUUGGCGCAUCUCUGAUUGCGAUUUCUUGAAGAUGUUGCAGCCAGGAAUUCAGGGCAAUGGCCAAGAGGGGUCAGACCAUCGAAUAUCCCUUGUAACAGAUUCAGCCAUCUUGUCCACGUUGGAAAACUUGCUAAACCGGUCCAACGACGGAACAGUUUGCUCUUGCCUUCAUGGAGAAUCAACCUUUCGGCUGGUGGAAGCUUACCAGAUCAAGAAUUGGCAGCUGUGGCGACGGUAUCAGCGCCACGUGCGAAGCAUUGUUGAGAAGCACAAGCAGUUUGCCAUCAAACCCACAGGUGUUGUUGACCCACCUGUUGGCGAAGCAUUGACCCAGUUUGCCAAAGACAUUGAGGUCAACCUGGAGGGCAACGAAUUUCUUUUGCUUCAUGGCACGCGAGACUUUGACCUUGCACAAGAGAUUGCCAACGAAGGCUUUGACAGUCGAAUUGCUAGGUCAGGCGGGCUUUAUGGGUCAGGCACAUACUUUGCAGCACAAACAUGCAAAUCUGCCCAGUAUGCCACUCACAAGGGCAGGGAAGAGAAAGCAUCGAGGCAGAUGAUCGGGACUGUGCUGGUGGCUCGUGUUGCGAUCGGAGACCCAUUUUAUACGCCAAAGCAGUGUCCAGACCAAAAGCGCCCACCAAAGAAACCUGGUUCUCGCUGCCAAGGCGGCGCCUCCAAGACGACUAUGGAGUACGACUCCAUCAUCGCCAAGCCAGGCAUCCCAAAUGGUCAACGCAAUGGUCAGCAGGCUCAUAUGGAGUUCGUGACCUUUGCUUUGCAUCAAUCAUAUCCGGAGUACAUUUUGAGAUUCAUUGAAGAGUAGGCGUGGCGAG